GACCCAAGAAUCCCAUAUGUUUUGCUGCUUUACUUGCAACUAUUCUUCAACGCCGUGAUUGUAUCUGUGGUGAUCUAUCUACUAUACACUGUCGUACGCACUGUCCGUCAAGAUGUCAGACACAAAAUUGAAAUGUACACGGCGGAUGCUAUUCAAGAAAUCUCCCUUUGUUCGAGGCAAUACUACCGAAACCGCUGUUCGAAUGACGGCACGAAUAUACGUGCUCCUGCGCUCGAAGAAACGUGCAUGGCAUUGGAAAAAUGCAUGAAUCGUGAUCCACAGCAAAUCGGAAAGUCUCAAAUUACUGCUGAGACUUUCGCUGAUAUAUUGAACGGGUUCAUGAACCCAAUUAGCUGGAAACUGACAGUCUUGUUCACAGGGCUUAUUGUGGGCGGCGUGUUCAUUAUCAAUGUCGCGUUUGGCACAUAUAGAAGUCGAUCUGGGAUGGAGGAUUUCUCUAAAAAUACAAAUGCUACUAACUCAGUCGUAAGAAGCCGCAAAGAAAUGGUGCUGUGUCCCCAGAAU